AUGGCCCUAGCAUACCUGUGCAAGCAGCUAGAGACGCAGAAGCUCGUCCCCGAUUUGCGCGUUACAGCCUUUGUGGUCGACCACAAGGCGCGCGAGGAGAGUUCCCGCGAGGCGCGGACUGUCGCCGGCUGGCUUGCGGAUCUAGGACUGGACGCUCAGAUUCUUGAGCUUGAAUGGCCGUCGUCCGCCAAUGUCUCCGCGUUCGAGACGCACGCCCGCCGCCUGCGCUUCCAGGCCCUCGGCCGCGCAUGCGCCGACAGAGAUAUUCCCGCCCUCCUCAUGGGCCAUCACCAGGACGACAACGUCGAGACUACCCUGUGGCGCCUCUCUUGCGGCGCGCGCGGCGCCGGCCUCGCGGGCAUCCCUGCCGUCGCGCGCAUCCCGGAAUGCCACGGCCUCUACGGAGUGUCGGAGAGCGGGUCGAGGAGGACGCUGCUGGCGGGCCGUGGGCCAGCGCCGCAGGAGGAGAAGGAGCAUGGCGACAGCAGCACCACCAGCACCACCAGCAGCGGUAAAGAUGGCCACCGCCACGACCGAAUCACCAUGGCCGCCGGUGGCAUCCUCAUCUGUCGCCCGCUUCUGGCCUUCCCCAAAUCCGCCCUCCUCGCCACCUGCCACGCCCACCGCGUCCCCUUCGUCUCCGACCCAACCAACUUCGAUCCCACCCUGACCCCGCGCAACGCUAUCCGCGCCCUCCUGGCCUCGUCCGCGCUGCCCCGCGCCCUCCACCCGCCCUCUAUCCUCUCCCUCACGCGCGCCAGCCACGCCCUCCUCGACACAGCCCUGGAGCACUCAAACGCCCUCCUCCGGCAAUGCAGCCUGCUCGACUUCAACGCCGCCGCGGCGUCAAUGGACAUCGCCUUCCCGGGCCCCCUCACUCCUCUGCCAGCAGCAGCAGCAGACCCCCAGAUCCACGCCCUCACUCUCCGCCGCAUCACGGACCUCAUCGCCCCGCAUCCGCAGAACCACUUCCCCCUCCCGAGUUUCGAGAAGCUCGCUGCCCACAUCUUCCCCUCCCCAUCCCUCUCCACCCCGCAACCACACCCCCAAGCAGAAGCCCGAGUCCAAGUACAUGCACAGCCCGGCCGCCCCUUCACCCUCGGCGGCGUGCUCUUCACCCCGCUGUCAACCAACAGCAACAGCAACAGCAGGAAUACAUGGCGUCUCGCCCGCCAGCCCUUCAUGCGCCACCGCCUCCCCACGCAGGCUGUGCAGAUUCCCCCCACCGCCGCCGCGGCGGAGACCUACUCGCCCUGGACGCUCUGGGACCAUCGGUUCUGGAUGCGGUUUGCCGUCCUCCCCGAUCCCGAUGUGUCGGUGUCGGGACGGACGUAUCGGCCCGACGAGCUGGAGGCCGUGCGGGCGUGUUUCGCGGCGCGGAAUGUCUCGUUGCGGGUGCGCCCGCUGCAGCAGGCCGACUUGCAGGUGCUGCGGCGGAUAGCUGGUGAGGGAGCCGGAGGGGGAGGGGGAGGGAAAGAUGCUGCCUUGAUGGCGCUAUUGGAUCGACUCGCGAGGGAUGCCCCCGGGCAGACCCGUUUCACUGUCCCUGUGCUGGUCAUGGAGCACGCUUACCAGGGUCAUGAGGGUGAAGUUCUACUAGCGUUGCCGACGCUGGAUUGCUGGUUGCCCUCCGCCUCCCAGGCGCAGGAGCUACUCUCGUGCCCGAUACCAUGGACAAUACGGUGGGAAUGGAUGUUCAAGUCAAUUGAUGAGGUUCCUUUGAAAUUAAUGGCUUGGCUAUGA